GGGCCAGGAAAAUGUCUCGGCAGUUGCUCAGUGUGUGGUGUGAGUGCUAGGCGUCAGGAGCAGCGGCGGAGAGAUUAUUACCCCAUUUGCAUAUAUUUCCCCAAAUUCAAAAAAGAAACCCCCCUCAAGAUUUAUUACACAUAGUAAGAGAAGCCGACGAGAAUGUCAGACAUCCCCGACAACGCUCCCGCCCCACGGCUCUGCAUUAUCGCCAAGUGGCCCGAGUUCGAAGGUUAUGGCUUCAACCUCCACGCUGAGAAGUCGAAACCCGGCCAAUUUAUCGGCAAGGUGGACUCGGGUUCCCCUGCCGAGUACGCUGGCCUCCUCGAGGGUGACCGCAUCAUCGAGGUCAACGAUGUUAACAUCGCCAAUGAGAACCACAAGCAGGUGGUGCAGCGGAUCAAGAUGGUGCAGAACGAGACGAGGCUGCUGGUGCUCGACCCCAAGGCGGACAAGUACUACAAGAGCAAGAACAUCGUGGUGCGGGGAACCCAAUCAAACGUGAUCGUAAAGUCGUCUGUCAGAGACCACAAGGUCAUCGUUGAGGAGGACGAAGAUGACGACGACAACGCUCCCGCCCUACCGUCCACCCCAGAGCCUGUCAGUUCCUCCGCCCCCGUCACUAAUGGCCACAAUAACCACCACCACCACCACCACGACGAUGUUGACACGCGCUCCGUGAGUUCGGCCGCUUCAUCAGCGACUAGCGAGGCGUCGACGCAGCCACAGCCGGUGGACGCCGCCGGUAGCCAAGACGACGACUCCGCCCCAGAAGCUGUUGCCAUGAAGAGUACCGAGGCCCUGAGGAAUCGUUCUCCUUCUCCCUUGCCUGAAGAAGGGGACGACAACUCCUCAGAGGAAGGGGAUAUAAGGCCCCCAGAGGAGCACGUCCACGCUCAAGACGAUGAUCAACCUUCUCAAAUUGCUGAUAUGAAACCCCAGGAGGAGGAGGAGGAGGAGGAGGAGGUUGUUAGACCUCCACUGGAGGACACGUCUUCCCAUGAGGGAGAUGCUACUCCCUCAGAGAGCGAAAUAGCUUCUGAAGAAGGUAAUAUUGCCGAGACUAACAAGACAGUAGAGGCGGAGGCUGCAAGUGAGGCAGCUCCGUCCUCGCCCGACCCCGAGUCUGACUUGGAGGCGGAGUACGACAACGUAUUAUUGGGGAGCGGCAAGGGUGGGGCUGAGGUGGAGGUGGAGGCUGCACCUCCGUCCUACACCUCGAGGCGCUCCUCAGCCUCGUCCUCGGCUGGGUCACACUCACCGCGGGGCUCGGACGCCGCCCACACUGACACCACGCAGAGUCCCAUGAGCACCUCGCCGACGCCGCCUCCGUCGCUGGAGCCUGCUCCUGCCCCGGCACCAGCUCCAGCACCAGCUCCAGCUCCCACCACAAAACCUGCACCCCAGCCAGUCUCUAAAAACAACGCCUACAACAGCAGUGGUCUCAACCUGAACAUGUCCGCCGCGGAGAUGCGAGCCAAACUGGCCCGCAAGAAGAAGACUGACCCUCGUAACGAGACCCUUGACCUGAGGAAGAAGUACGAGAUCAUCCAGAACAUGUAGAGCCACGAGGCGUCGAGGGAGGCCGUCUCGGGCGACGCCACACACCCCCAUCCCACCACAGCCUGGUGUAUCACCCAUCACAUGUUCCUUUCACAAGUUAUAAUCUUUGUUUACAGAUAUCAUUCCACGCUUUGUCUCUGAUACUUGAUAGGACUAGUUUUUCGAUGUAGGGAAAUAGUUUUUCUGUAAAUAUGCCUAAAAUAUAGUACAGUAUAGGCUAAAAUUAAGAAAAAAAAUAGGUUCUUAGUAACGCCUCUAAACGAUUUUUUAGGGCUACUGACAUGCGAAUUACCAAGUGUGUAAUUUUAUGCAGUUUUAAUAUUAAGCUCGACCCUGACAGUUAACAUAACAAUCGUUCACUAAUGAGCGAAUACAGUGUAUUACAGUUCUUUACAGAAUGUUCACAUAACCACAAACUUGCUCGUUAGUCCACUUAUUUAAUUAUUUAAAUUGGUUUUGGUCAGUAAUGACUAUUUUCUUUAACUGUUUAAAUGUUAUAUGGACUGAUUGACAAAGGUGGGCUUUGUGGUGCCGAAACUUGGAAAAUCAUUUUCUUAAUUACCAGUAAGAAAUACGCAAGCUAGAGCGAGCGACUUGCCUGCACAUCCAGCUAUAUAGAGGUGAGGCGAUCAUUUGCUAUAGUGUGUGGGGCCGCAGAGGCGCGCGCGCGACGCUGGGCGCGAGCACGUCCCUGCCUCGCCCCACAAUGAAUACAAAUACAAUUUGUGUUUGUUCUCGUGACAAGGACAGGAGUGUGACAGACGAAGUGGGAUAAUCUGAAGUUACAUUGACAGUUUGGUUUAGUUUUCGCAAUAUAUCGGAAUUGACUUGUUGAAAGUCGAUAAAUGAAGUUAAAUUAGUGUUUGAUGAAAUUCAUAUCUCACUAAGGGAAAUGAUGCUCAGUUUUGUAUUAGCACAUUUUGUCAAUCUGUUAAUGUUAGUUUUAUAUAUCCAUAAAAGGUCGUCCACCGAAUCGUCAGAGCUUCAUUAUAAGUGUCGAUUGGAGUUAUAAUGUAUUCUGCAAUGCCAUUUUGAUUAACAUGUGAUUAAUGGGACAACCAGCUUAACUUCGAAUACCUUUUCCAAUCCAAUAACAUUCCGGUUAGCUUAAGUAAUCACUGUUUCUUGUGCCAUCAACAAUGGUCAGAUAUUAGGAAGUGACAGGUUGUGUAUGAAUGCACCGUCCAGGCUAGGUGCUACAUGCAAGUAUGGGCUGUAAUCGUCUUCAUUCUGUACAUUAUAAUCUUCAAAAGUUGUGAAUAUUUUUGUACUAUAAUAUUUGUAAGGCAAAUAUGCAAGUGUGAUGGAGCGGAAUCCAUCUGAUAUAGCAGCUUUGUGGAACACGUUGGGAGUUUCUUGAUUCCAAUACACAGGUGCUAGAACUGUCUAAUGAAAAUGUUCCAGCUUCGAGGGUUAGAAGUCUUAACGGCAGACAUGUAAUAUAUAUAUUUUUUAAUAAUAUCCUCGUCACAUCAUCCCACAGGCCUGGAGUUGACACAUUAGUAGAAUCGAGGACACAUACUUCACCUUAUA